AUGGCCAGUGCAGUGGUCUAUGGCACCCUUAGUGUCCCUGUGAAACCCCCCAUUGCUUCUUCUCGCUCUCUCCAAUGGACGCCCGAUGGCCAACUUUUGGUGCUCGGUGAAACUACACAAGAAAUAGGAUUAAAACCUGAUGGAGAUGGGCAGCUUGGAGGGAGCGAUGUUAAUGGGGUGCGAUGGUCAACUACGGCGAUACCACUUCAAGCAACGAGUCAUUUCUGGCCAGAAAUUUGUCAGGGUUUGUUAUGUGAAUCAAGGAUGGACGUACAAGAUCUUAUGAUUCUCAGCUGCCUAAUAGUUACACUCUCGAGUAACCUCGAAGUUCACGUUUGGACUCCAAAAGAAAACCCUUAUCGCGGAGAAUGGAUAAAGCUUCAAGAUGUGACCCGAGAUUUGUGCAAGGUAACUCUACAAGGGAAAACACCAGACGUAGCAUCGGUACUUCGGGCUCAAAUUCAAGACCUUCUUCAAGGAACACAGGAAUACGUCCUUGCUUGCACUCGCGGUGGCAUCCAUCUCAUAGACAUAUACUACGACCCAACUUCCGUCGAGGCACAAUUCCAAAUACAACUCUCCCUGGAGGAGCCAUCUCGCCUCGAUCCUCGGGGAAUAACAGCAUUGGAAUGGAUAUAUCCACAAGGACAAGAUUUGGGACUGUCGAACUGUGGCGGAGUUCUAACUCGUCCAACUGGUCAGGAUGUCACUCUAUACAACUUGAGCUUCAAAAUGUAUCUACAGCAUCAACCAGUGUUGGCCAGGCAGCUGAUGGCUCCUAUCAUGCCAUCUUCGAUAUCUCAAAACGGCCUGUUGCUAGUCAACCAGAGGGAUGAACAUGCGAUCGAAGAAAUGACCGCCUGUAUAGAAAGGCCCACAAACUUUCUCUUGGAAUCACCCUUUAGUGUUCUUCAAGGUCCAUUUGUUUAUCUCCAGCAGAAGGGCUUUCUCCUUCGCAAUAAACAUCAUAUAAAUGAUCUCAUUGAGCCAAAUGAAGACAAUGUACCUCGUCAUCUCAUGCGAACAAAUGUAUCAAACAACGAGGCACCGGAUGAAUGGAGAGAAGCGGCACAAAAUUAUCUGACCAACGCUUUAUUUGCCAAUGAAGCGCUGAAUAAGGAUCGUUUGAAACUCAAUAUAGCCAACAACAAGUUGCAGAUUAGAAUCCACAUGCCUACUCUCUUGUCCUCAAUCAGCCCAACAGGUUCUACUCUGGUGAGAAUGAUGCUCACUCAGGCAAGAUUAUUCACCCUGCAGGAAGAAGUUCAAGUUCAGCGCAUCAGGGAAGAGACGAGUUCGAACUCGGGGAUUGAAGAACAAUGCGCCGCUUGUGGAAAAAGGAUAGAGUUUACAGAACUAGACACAGGGGUUUGCGAAUCUGGUCACUACUGGA